CUUGACAGUUAAACAUCAGGAUGGGAUUUGUUCUGAAAAUCGGCAUUGUGCUCGCGGCCUUGACUAUCAUGGCGUGUCAUGCUGCUGCCGAGAAGAAUUGCGGGGAAGUGCAUAAGGGAAAACGUGUCAUCAACUUCGAGCAGAAAAAAACAUGGUACAUGAGCGAUUCACUAGGAAAUGGGACUCCUACUGCUUGCCGAGGCCUAUGUGAGGAUCAAUGCAAGAACGUGUGGAAUGCGUGCAUGGCGUUGGACUAUCAUAUCGACGAGUCAUUUGCGGGUGGCCCUGUAUGUCAUUGCUAUGGCUACAAUUCUUACACUACGUUUGCCCAGAUGGAAGACGCAGGGCCAUGGAGCCACCAUAACUGCAGGAACGUCUAAAAAUAUGCCUUUUAAUGUCAAGAAAAAGAUAAAAUUCAUAUAAAUCCAGUUAAGGUCGACAUUGUCAUGGUGUUAGCAUAAGUGGCAAAUAAAACUAACAUCACUACA